CCUGUCAAGUGGCUCCACACGCUGCGUGGAAACUCCGCAGGGAGUAUCGGCGGAUUAAAAAACAUUUUCUUGCACCGAGAGGCGAUUUUCAUCCAUUGACGCCCCGUCGCCGUUUGCACGCAGGCACAUUAGCUAGCUUGCAAGUGAUAAAAUGCUCAUUUCUAUGCGGACGUAAAAAUGUAACGAAUAGUUUUAGCGGAUUAAACCGUCUUUGUAAUUUUUAAUACACACUUAUGAAUGUAGUUCCAAGUAAGCGACGUUAAAAGGAGUUGUUUUAUAUCAAGAUGCAGCCUUAAAUGCAUUAUCUCGCAAGCUUGGACUUUAUUUUCAGUUUAACUACAGUAAUUCCUGCCAGGAUGGAAAGUAUCGCACCGUAGAAGACCAGACGAGAUGGGAAAAUGGGAGCUGACAAUGAACCCAGUUCAGGAGUGGGGUGAGGAGUUUGAGGAUGGGGCAGUGUAUGGGAUCACCCUGCGUCGGGAGCCCAUUUCCUCCUCCCCCAACCCCGGUGAGACGAAACCAUGCAGCGGUUUUGUGCAGUACCGGACCAGCAAGGUGCGACGUCUGAAGGCCGCGCCUCUGGACCUACUGGUGAGCCAGCUACUGGACCCCGGCUGCCAGGAGCAGGACUACAGCAAGAUCUUCCUCUCCACAUACAGAACCUUCACCAGCAGCUCAGUGCUCAUAGAGCUGCUCUUCCAGAGGGACAAUGCUGCCUCAGACCUGGACAACACGGAAUGCUACAGGAGCCCUCUGUUGGCCUUUGUCCAGACAUGGUUGGAUGAGUACAGUGAGGACUUCCGGGAUCCUCCGCUGCACCUGUCGCUCAGGCUGCUGCUGGACCACCUGAGGAUCAGCUCUGCUGUGGCCGACAACAUGCGCGUCCAGCCCAAUUUCUGCUCCCUGGCCGGGCAAGCUGAGACGCUGCUCAAGAGGUUCCAGAAAGAAGAAGCCGAGACAAAUGGUAUCUCUGCCCAGGCAGAUCUGGAACAAGACAAGGAGGGUUCUGGUGACGAAGGUUCAGAUUGUGAAAGCUCUCCAGAUCAAGGUGAUAUCAUGGAUUUCUCUGUCUCAGCCAUCGCAGAGCAGCUUACCCGACUGGACUCUGCUCUUUUUGUCAAAGUGGUGCCCUUUCAGUGUAUGGGCUGUGUGUGGUCCCAGAGAGACAAGAAAGAAAACAUGUCUCCCACCAUCCGGGCCACCAUUGCCCAGUUCAAUGCUGUCACUAACCGGGUCAUCACCUCCCUGCUGUGCCAGCCUCCCGCUGGUAGCCCAGGCCCGAGCCCCUCCCGCAGGCUGCCCACCACGCCGGUGCAAAGGGCCCGCAUCAUUGAGAAAUGGAUCAGAGUAGCACAGGAGUGUCGCCAGCUGAAGAACUUCUCUUCUCUCAGAGCAAUCCUGUCGGCCCUUCAGUCUAAUGCAGUUUACAGGCUGAGAAAGACCUGGGCUGCUGUUAGCAGGGACAGCAUGGCCACCUUUGAUAACCUGUGGGAGACCUUCCCUGAUGAGAACUGUGUUUUGACCAACAGAGAGAUCCUGGUUGAGAACGGAGGCCAACCGAAUGUGGAUAACAUUUCUCCGAAGAUAUCCAAGCGGUGUCCAAUCCCUAGACAGAUGAGUACGUCUAGUGGAGUGGUUCCCUACCUGGGCACGUAUCUGACUGUCCUCACCAUGCUGGACACCGCCUUGUCAGACACUGUACAGGGAGGGCUCAUAAACUUUGAGAAGAGGAGGAGGGAGUUUGAGAUUCUGUCACAGAUUCGGCUGCUCCAAGCGUCCUGUUCCCAGUACAGCCUGCCCCAUCACCCCAGGAUCGCUGCCUGGCUGCAGGGACACAAGCUGCUCACUGACCAGGAGAGCUACGAACUGUCAAGAAAACUGGAGCCUCCGGUGGAUCUGUCCUCUCCAACGUCCUGGAGCCACCGCACGCUCACAAAGAAACUCUCCUCCCUUCUGACAGGGAACGAAGGAUCUAAGAAGCUUCUUGCUGACCAGAUCAGCGUGUCGUCUUCUGGAUCCAGCGGGUCUGAGAUGGAGGACAUGUCUUCACCAAAUUCGACAUGUUCCAUCAGACUGCAGUCCCUGUCCAGCUCUUGCAACAACGUAUCAGAAGCCCUCUCGUCCUCCUCUUCUUCCUUCUCCUCCUCAUCGUCCUCCUCCUGUGGCUCAUCCACUGCCUCCUCUCCGGACUCCUCCUCUCCCUCCAGCUCUUCCUCCAGCUCCCAGCUCAUUCUUUGCUCUCCAGCUACGUCCUGCGGCGGUGCUCGGCCAAAACCAACCCUGGCCUCCCAGCACAAGCGCUCCGUGUCCAUGACCUCCCUACCUGUUUAUAAUCGCCAGGUGGCUGACUCCUGCAUAGUCAGAGUCAGCGUGGACCUGGGCAGCAACAAUGGCAACAUGUAUAAGAGCAUCCUGUUGACCAGCCAGGACAAAACUGCCCAGGUGAUCCAGAGGGCAUUGGAGAAGCAUCACCUUGAACACAUGAGCUGCAAGGAAUUCACCCUCUCACAGGUCAUCUCCCAGGGAAGAGAGUUGCUCAUACCGGACAAAGCAAAUGUCUUCUACGCCAUGUCCACCACAGCAAACUUUGACUUUGUUCUGCGUCAGUUCUCAAAGAUCCAGAAAAAACCACUGAGAGCCACUUCCAGUCUUGGACAAUACACAAAAUAAUGCCUCUGGACUCCAAGCAAAGUCUACACGUGUAAAACGGACUAACCUGAAAGGAUUUUAAUAGAAAAAGUGUUUAUUUUUAACACGUGUUAUAAGCAAAGAGGGAAAGCAUAUCAAGUUCAGCAUGUCCUCCAAAAUGACCCCAUGCUUCUUGCAUACCGAAGAGAUGAAAAUGUGAACUAACCGUGAUAACUGAUGACACGAUGCAAUGGCACUUUAUGAAGAAGAAUGCACACGUCAGAAGCUCUGAGUCAAGACUGAGAGAGCUGCGUUUAAAAAACACUUUGAACAGAAAUGCCUUUUUAAUUCCUGGUGGUGGAAAAACUCUUUGUGAAUCCCACUAUUGAAUCUUGAAAACUGAACACAUUCCUUAACGAUUUCCCUGGGGUGUCUUGGAAAUGGUCACAGGAUUGAAGCACAUGACAGAAGUAAGGAUGCAUGUCGAGGUAUCAUCAGUGAUUUUUAGCUUUUGAGAGUGAUAUCAGAUCUCAUAUUAAAUCACACACACAUACACAGGCACGCAUGCCAGAAGCAGUUACCUAUUAAUACAAGGGCAUUGAGAAAUGACUGACAGUUUCCCAAUGCAUUUGAGCACCAUUAAUACCAUGUGUGUUUAAAAGGGAAUGAGGUCAAAUUCUGUAUGAAGGACAUGCAGUAGCUAAUGAACUGCUGUUUUUAGCCACUUGAGACGAGAUAGCCUGGCCCACUUGUGCGUUGGCGUGCCAGUGCCAUCUGAGACGUGGGUGGGAACGUUCUCACCAGGAUCACAAUGUUCCUUGGAGUUUCAGCUCCGCUCCGCCAGUGUCACUGUGAUAGUCAUCAUGUGAACGGCGGCAGCCCCGACUGGAAGGAUGGCAUUCCUGAGCCUGCGUAACCAUGGUUGCAGAAGUGACUUUGAUGGACAGCUCGGUGAGGACACACACAAUCAGCCGGGCGUACAUGUGCGAGCAGCGAUCCAGCAUGAGAUUGAUGCCGACGAGUAGAGUUUCAGUGUUAGAGCUUUGAGGCAAUAUGUGAUUCUAGUUGUCACGUUUUAGGUUUUGUGUUUUUGAAUUUAUUUCCCACUGCUGUUUCACUGCGGUUCCUGUUAUUCCCACUGGUGAUUAAUUGUGCACAUUCUGUUUAACAUGAUCUGUUGCUUCACUUUGUGGUUUGAGUUGUCUUUUGACUGGUAGGAAAAAUGUAUAAAUAAAAAAUGAAACUGUAGUUUAUUUUCAUAAAUCUGUGACUAUUGUAGGUGUAAUUUCAGAAAUCUUUGUGAUUGAUGGAAAAUGAAAAUAUUUAAAAUAUCUAUGUUGAGACUUUUUUUUUUUUUUUUUUUUACUACUUUUCUUCCAAAAUGUAUUUUAUUCAGACUGAAGAGGCCUGAAUGUUAGUGGUGCUAAAAUCUUAGGAUUUAGGUGGAUCUUAAGUGUGAUCAUUUCAAUGAUGUCCUUGAACACUGACAAGUUUUUUUUUUUUUUUUUUUCACAUUGUCACUAAGAGUUGUUGCAAAGAGUGAAGGGUUACUUUUGCACAAAUGCAUGCAAACACCUGGUAAAAAAAUCACAGCCUUGUACUCUCAUUCGGCCGAUUGUUAGAACCUUUGGGUGUCUUGCUCAAGGGUAUGGUAUCAGCUGAAGCAGGGAAUAGAUGUCUCAUUCAUUCCGGUACUCAGACUGUCCCAGCUGAUCUGGGGUUGUGAUGCAGCAGUGAUGUGAUGCAGUCCAUCCCACGUGCUUGACUCUCUCAACUCCCAUACCAUGUCUGUUGGCAGCUCAGCCCUGAUUAUACUAUAUGAUUUUAUGAUCUCAUUAAAGAUUGCUUUUUCUUGUGAUCAGUGAAGAGAAUACUGUGGCUGUUAAACAAAAGAUACUGCUUUGAAGAUCAGCAAAAACUAAUUCAGUGUUUGAGAUCUGUCAUAUCUUGUCACACUGUUUGAUAUCUUCCUAAUAAAGUCAAUUUUUCAAGCCUG